AUGACAUCGUCAUUGGGUGAAUCAGCCUUGCGGGUGCCACAAACGUCGCCGACUCAGAUUCCACCCAAAAAGACCUCAUCGACAUCCAAUCCUCCGCUCCAUCCCGUUCUCAAAUCAUGCAGGAAACGCUCUGUUCCAGCGCAGCUCGAUCUCCACUACAUUACAGACCAUAUUUUAGUGACAUCGGCCCCUGUUGAAGCUUUGCAACCAACGUACAAAGAUAUUGGCCGAAAUCCCCAGCCUCCCAAUCGCACCUCGUCGGCUGAGCAAACCGAAUUACGAAACACUUCGGCUGCCCUCUCGCAUGCUGAAACACCGCUUUCCGACAGCGAACCGAAGGAUUCCGCUAUAGACCCAGCGCAAACGUCUUCGCAGCGUAAACCGGUGGCCAACCAUGCUGGCUCCCCCUCGACAUCACUGCACGGACCUCAAGUUUCGUCCAUUGCGGCAGGAAAUUCUGCCGUCGAUUUAUCGUUAUUUCUCGAAACGCAGUUUGCUUCGGCAAAUUACCUACUUGUUUGUUUGUCAGACAAUCUCCCUGAUGAUCACUUUUUAAUUCUUCUUCGUCGACAGAUUGUGCGCUUACCAUGGACAGCGCCGGGCAGUCCGGCCUCCGAAACGCCGACUGUCUCCACGUUGCUCCGCUUUUGUUAUCUCUUACAUGCAUGGCUGCAUGAUCCGGAACACGUCGUUGUGGUUUACUGUGAAAAUGGCAAGACAAGGAGUGGACUCGCUGUUGCCGCCUAUCUUGCGUUCGCCGGCAAGUCGGGAGUAGAAACGUGUGCCCAAGGUUUUGCCCAUUUUGUAUCGUGCCGUUGCCCAGAGGCACCAGAUCCAAGAGCAGCGUUUUCCAGCUUGCCGGCGUCUCUGCGUUUACUUUUUCGUAAUUUUGAUCAAGGAAUAGAAGCAGGGCUCAAACGGAAUCGCGAACCUUUGCUGCUGCGAGCGAUAUCCCUUCAAGGUGUUCCAGUAGAAGAAAAGCCUUGCUUGGAUAUCUGGGACGCACAAGGCCGGCAUAUCUAUUCCAGUCAUCCGGAUUUAUGGGACGACUUGCUUGAAACUUUUCCGGUAUUGGCAGGGAACGAUUGCAACAAUUUAUCUUCCCGAGCGUCGCAAUGGGCGGACGAAGAAGGGUUCUUCAAAGUCAAUGUAGUUCUUGAAGGCGACUUUUGCCUGUUGUGUCGGUUUGGUGGGGCGCACGCCAACAAAGGCUUGGGGGAGACCUCCACUCAACUCUUUCGUUAUGUGAACACUACAGUAGCUAUGUCAACGGGACAAUGCGAAUUGCGUUUCAUGCAUGUGGAUGUGAUGCGGCGGUACGUGCCUUUUUUAAAUUCUGACGAUUUUCUUUUGACGCUCGUGCUGGAAGCAGACUGGAAUUGCCGAAGAAAAGCGAUGGUACCACUCUUGCUGAACAGUUGUAACGCUGAGGCUGCACUGGACUUUUUGAAAGGCGAUAAAGCCCGGGAAAAGGGCUGGCAAGUCUUAUCUGCCUAUCACGCGGCUCAGCCGUCGCCUUUUGAUUCUGCUUGCUUUGUGGAAACCCUCGAGACAUCCUUGCAAAGCUGUCCAUCGAAUUUGAUUGCAUUAGCCUUACAGCUUUCAAACUUUGACUAUAAGGCAGCGCUAAAUAUGUUGAUGAAGAGGUCGCCAUGUCCCUGGAGGCAAGGAUUGAAUUGGGGAGAUGACCCGACAGCUCACGCCGAUGCACCAACAGCCCUUGUUCAAGAUACAGUAUACUCUUUGGAUACGGCAUCCCAAGGUAGUGCAACUGAUUCAUCUCUAAGUGGUUUCACGCGAUGUUCAGGUGAACCAUCGCGUCGGGAGGACAGAGCCAACAAUGGUCCCCCACUAGUCCCUAGCAAAACAUCAAGGGUAGGCCCGAUUUCUCCUAUACCACUCGAGGCUUUAGAGAAUCUGGAGGCUACCGAUUUCACAUCAGAAAUGAGCUCCGGUGCAAUCGUCCCGCAGCAGAUGCUUGAUCUCAACGAAGAAGCGAUAUUCUCGAGUCGAUUGAGUCGUUCUUCGAGUAGCGACAAUAAACCGGAUGCGCUAUCCAACACUCAAAUAGGGAAAUUGUCAAAUCCCAAAAGUGAAGUCUCAAUGGAGCUCGCGAUCAAGGCUGAUCCUCGCUUUGAGAAGUACUACAAGAUGCAUGCUGUUGGUUUACCGGAGGGAGCUAUUCGCAACGCUUGUGUAAGAGACGGCGUCGACGCCUCAUUUCUCGAUCUUGACUGGGACAGGAGCUACGAGUCUCAGUCCAAAGCGUCUCCCGAAUCCAGUGGCGACACAGAUCCACCCAUGAAGUCUGAUCCUCGCUUUGAGAAGUACUACAAGAUGCAUGCUGUUGGUUUACCGGAGGGAGCUAUUCGCAACGCUUGUGUAAGAGACGGCGUCGACGCCUCAUUUCUCGAUCUUGACUGGGACAGGAGCUACGAGUCUCAGUCCAAAGCGUCUCCCAAAUCCAGUGGCGACACAGAUCCACCCAUGAAGUCUGAUCCUCGCUUUGAGAAGUACUACAAGAUGCAUACUGUAGGUUUACCGGAGGGAGCUAUUCGCAACGCUUGUGUAAGAGACGGCGUCGACGCCUCAUUUCUCGAUCUUGACUGGGACAGGAGCUACGAGUCUCAGUCCAAAGCGUCUCCCGAAUCCAGUGGCGACACAGAUCCACCCAUGAAGUCUGAUCCUCGCUUUGAGAAGUACUACAAGAUGCAUGCUGUAGGUUUACCGGAGGGAGCUAUUCGCAACGCUUGUGUAAGAGACGGCGUCGACGCCUCAUUUCUCGAUCUUGACUGGGACAGGAGCUACGAGUCUCAGUCCAAAGCGUCUCCCAAAUCCAGUGGCGACACAGAUCUACCCAUGAAGUCUGAUCCUCGCUUUGAGAAGUACUACAAGAUGCAUGCUGUUGGUUUACCGGAGGGAGCUAUUCGCAACGCUUGUGUAAGAGACGGCGUCGACGCCUCAUUUCUCGAUCUUGACUGGGACAGGAGCUACGAGUCUCAGUCCAAAGCGUCUCCCAAAUCCAGUGGCGACACAGAUCCACCCAUGAAGUCUGAUCCUCGCUUUGAGAAGUACUACAAGAUGCAUGCUGUAGGUUUACCGGAGGGAGCUAUUCGCAACGCUUGUGUAAGAGACGGCGUCGACGCCUCAUUUCUCGAUCUUGACUGGGACAGGAGCUACGAGUCUCAGUCCAAAGCGUCUCCCAAAUCCAGUGGCGACACAGAUCUACCCAUGAAGUCUGAUCCUCGCUUUGAGAAGUACUACAAGAUGCAUGCUGUUGGUUUACCGGAGGGAGCUAUUCGCAACGCUUGUGUAAGAGACGGCGUCGACGCCUCAUUUCUCGAUCUUGACUGGGACAGGAGCUACGAGUCUCAGUCCAAAGCGUCUCCCAAAUCCAGUGGCGACACAGAUCCACCCAUGAAGUCUGAUCCUCGCUUUGAGAAGUACUACAAGAUGCAUGCUGUUGGUUUACCGGAGGGAGCUAUUCGCAACGCUUGUGUAAGAGACGGCGUCGACGCCUCAUUUCUCGAUCUUGACUGGGGCAGGAGUUAUAUCUCCCAAACUACGAAACCUAUUAAUGAUGACAUGAAUUCAGGGACUCCGGUGAAGGAUGAUCUGGAGUAUGCAAAGUACUUCAAAAUGCUGCAUAUGGGCCUUCCUCCUGGUGCAGUAGAGAAUGCACUUACGCGAGAUGGGAAAGACCCGAAAAUCUUAAAAUUUGUUCAGAAUAAGUCCGUCGAUUUCCAGUUGACGUCAGGAGGACGCCAUACGAAUUCUGCCACAAAGGAAGCUUCGCGUGUACGACGUAAGAAAAUCUAUUGGAAUACACUUGAUCACAGCCGUAUAAAAGAGGAUUCGCUGUGGACACUUGUCAGGAAUCGAGUUCACAUGAGCCACCUAAAUUAUGACGUCAAAGAGUUUAAGGAAUUGUUCACAGAGUCUGCGGAUCCUGCUCAGCAACGGCGAAAGAAGCAGCAGCGUGAUACAACGAAGGCCAAAAAGUCGGUCCAAGUAAUUGACGGAAAACGUUCAAUGAAUGGGGGCAUCAUCCUGUUGCGUUUAAAACUUGACUACAAAAAGAUUGCAAGAUUGGUCAACUCCAUGGAGCAUGGAAAAUUGGACGCAACUCAGAUUAUGGCUUUGAAAGAAUUUUUGCCAAGCAUCGAAGAACGGAGAGGACUGUCAACAUACAUGAAAACGCAUGGUCAAUCUGACGAAACGAAAAUGAAGGCAUAUCAUGAGCUCAGUGAAUGUGAAAAGUAUAUGUUUACCAUGAUGGAGGUGUCAGAUGCUCCCCAAAAAUUCGAUUGUAUGCUUUUUCGCGUUCAGUUUAAAAUUCGUUUUGCGGAAGUCAUGGAGUCUGUUCGCGUCGUUCAACGGGCAUGUGAGGAAGUUCGUUCGUCGGAAAGACUUCGAGAGAUACUCGCCAUAAUUUUGACUCUUGUGAAUGAAAUCAAUACAGGAGGUGACGGAAAAGGUGCAACUGGGUUCAGCCUGGAUACGCUUUUGAAGCUUGACGAGGCGAAAGCCUUUGAUAAAAAGACAAGUGUUCUGCAGUACCUCGCGAAGCUACUGAAGCAAAACGACGAAUCCCUCCUAGCCUUCAAAAAUGACUUAAUCCACGUCCCGAGGGCAGAGGGAGUGAUUGUGGAUAGUAUCGCCGCCGAAAUCACUUCCCUUGACGAGGAGCUUGGUCGAGUCCAUGAAACUGCUAAGCAGGAUGCAGAUAAGCAGUCGGCGUCGGGCUCUUUAAAGAAGCUCUCUGUAAAUGAUUUGAAAGAACAACGCACGAGCGUUCGAAACAUCGAGACGGUACCACAAUACAAUCAGAUUGAUCACCUGACUGGGAGGACGCCUAUGGAAAGGUUCACUGUAAAUGCUGCCUACUCUGUGAAGGACGCUAUAACACUAUUCGAAAAGGUUAAAGCAAAGUACGCGAGCCUUCUGAGUUUCUUUGGAGAAGACGACAAUAUGGCGAGUAAUGAGUUCUUUGGAACAAUGAAUCGAUUUAUUGUAGCAUUCGAUAUUGCGGCAGAACAAGUUCGGAGAGAUGAAAUAGUAAAGGGGAAAAACAGGCAGCGAUGGGGGACCAAUUCGAGGAAAUUGCGGAAGGCUUAUUCUGUCGAGAAUGUAGAACAUAAGGGGGGAGAACAAGCCAUUGGAGCUGUUACGACUGAGAUCGAAAUUCAAUCCAACGAAGGUGGGCAAACCGAGCACUCGGUUGAAAAAACAAGGGGUUCCUGUUCUGUUCAGCUUCGCCAUCAAUUGGAACCGCAACUCAGGGCCCGAUCUGUGAAUAAGGAUCGAAGUAAAGGAGCAUCGGCGAUUGCUGACAGUGAGGCUGCUUCUCGCGUGCUACCUAGCUCAAAUGAAAUCGUAUUUGGUGAUUCUACUAUGCCAGCGACAUCUGUCCCUACAGACGGAAUUACAGCUUCGGAAUCCGCACAGACGUAUACCAAGAAAGAAACGACAAGGUCGCUAAUCGAUGCGGCUACACCGGUCCGUGCAGGGGGAAUAGCAGAAAUAGCGGCCGCUGCUGCCGCAAAGAGGUCUACUGAGAAAGAAACGUCACGAUCUCCUGUCGAUUUGGUGACAAGGGCUACUUCAGUCCCUGCAGGCGGCAUAGCAGCAUUAGCGGCUGCGGCAGCCGCGAAGAGGUCUGACGAGAAAGAAAUGACACGGUCGCCUGUCGUUUCGGCAAUAUCAGCUGCACCGGUCCCUUUAGGUAGAAUAGUAGUAGCGACUGCGACAGCGGCACAGAGGCCUGCCGAAAAAGAAAUGAGCCGGGUACCUAGCCAUUCGCUGCCAUUGACGCCUGCGGGCGCAAUAGAAAGUACGGGUACUCCCAAGAAGUCGCUAGUGCAGCGCUUACAUAUUUCGGGCGGUCCUCCUCGGCUAAAAGGAGAUUCUGCGGCUGUAUGCAGGUCCAAACUUCGGAAUGCAAACGAGGGAGCUGCACAGAGUAACAAAUGGAUGGCUACUGUCUUGCAACGUAUUUCUAGAUCCAAGAGCACGGACUCGGAAGGCAAUGCAUGGGCAAAAUGCUAACAAUG